AUGAUGGCGCCUCUCUCCCGCUCCCCACCGUCCUCCCUCCCCCUCCGCUCGCGCCUUACCCCCAUCGCCCUCCUCGCGCUCAUAGUAUCCCUCCUCGUCGCCCUCCUCCGUGCCGCGGAUGCCGACACCAAACCGCCGGACACCAAGGGGUGCGUCGCGAAGGUGGCGGGGGUCGACCGGGAAGCCAUGCGCGCAAUGCCCGCGUCGUGCUACCUCUCGUGCCCCAUCAAGUGCACGCCCGCCGGCCGCAUCACCAGCAUCUACUCGGAACCCGACCCCGAGGACAUGCCCGGUCCCGCUGGGACUCAGGGAGGGAGCUGCCCGCCUGGCGCGCUGUCGCCCGCCAUUGGCGACCUCGCGGAGCUCUCCUCGCUGGUGUUGCGCCACUCGUGCCUCUCCGGCGACCUGCCGGACUCCGUUACGCGCCUCCAGAAGCUGACGGAAUUCGACAUGCCCGAUAACAGCUUCUCCGGCCCCAUCCCGCCCGGGCUCUUCCGCCUGCCCCGUCUCUGCCUCGUAGAUCUCAGCACCACCAUUGGCGGCGCCCUUUCAGGGUCGCUGCCCGACGGGCCCGACGCGUACUCCCCGUCGCUAGAAACGGUUCGCCUUUCCGGUAACCUCUUGUCGGGGGAGCUUCCGCGCGCGCUUUUCCGGUCGCGUUGGCUGCACGAGUUGCGCCUCGAGGCCAACAACCUCACGGGGGAGCUCCCGGGGGAAGCGGGGGCGUACUCGCGGAGCAUCGUCGAGCUCUCACUGCGCAGCAACGGGCUGACCGGCGACAUUCCGCCCGCGCUAGAGGAGAUGACGGCGCUGAGGGAGCUCGACCUGGGGGACAACGGCCUGUCCGGGUCCAUCCCAACGGCCAUCGCCACUCUCUCGCCGCUCACACACCUCGCGCUCGACCAGAACCGAUUGACCGGAGACAUCGCUGCGCUCGUCCCUGCUGCCGCUGCAACUUUUGGGACAGCAGUAACCAUCUCUCUGGCGACGCGGCCGCGCUCGCGCCGCUCCCGUGCGGCCCUGAUCCACCUGAACGCGUCGCGCAACCACCUCACGUGCAGCGCCGGGAGCGACCUCUUUGCGCGCGGGACCUUCACGGACCUCUCGCACAACCGCAUCAGCGGCGCGUUGGCGGAAGUCGUGCGCGUGCCUGACCCGCCUCUGUGGGAGUUGCGCGUGGCGCACAACGAGCUGUCGGGGAGCAUCUCCGCGGACCUCCUUUCCGCCGUGCGUGGCGAGCUCGACCUCUCGCACAACCUGCUCUCCGGCGCCAUUCCACACCUCUGCGGCCCCAGCACGCGCAUCGACCUGUCGCACAACAACCUCACGGGCGAGCUCCCCCGCGACGCGGCCGCGUACAAGGACAGCCUCGAGUCGCUCUCGUUGCGCGCCAACGGUCUGUCCGGCGCGAUUCCGCCCGCGCUGGCGGAGAAGAUGCGCGCGCUGACGUACCUAGACCUGGGGGAGAACCGCCUGUCGUGCGCGCCCACGGCGCUCGCGUCGCUGCGCGGUCUGGACGUGGUGCGCCUCGACGGCAACGCGCUGAGCGGGCCGUUCUGCGACGCGCUGCUGCCGGCGCACGAGCUCUGGCUGGGCUUCAACGCCUUUGACGGCGGCAGCAGCGGCGGAGAGGGGGAAGGGGGGCAGGGGGAGGGCGAUCUGCAUGGGUGCGUGGUGCCGGCGCAGCUAGAGGUGCUGAGCGCGCCGCACGCGGGGCUGAGAGGGAGCGUUCCGGACGACCUGUUUCUACGAAUGGACGAGCAGAUGGGGCGCGUUGCCUUGGGCUCGCAAACGCAGAGCCUGCACGUGAACCUCAGCCACAACAGCCUCACGGGCAGCCUGAAAGCUUUCUCCGUAAUCCGCAACGGCAGCCUGGACGUGUCGCACAACAAUUUCACGGGCAGCAUUCCCGAGGGGUUGUUCCGCCUGGCUAGCACCGGGGGGCUGGAGCGCGGGGCGAGCGGGAGCGCGGAGAGCAGGUGGGGGCUCGCACGAGAGCGGGCGGUGGUGGACGUGCAGUGCAACGAGCUGUCAGGGCCGCUGUUUGACACGCGCAGGCCCGCUGGGGAGUGGCGGUCCUACUGGAACAAGGUGCAUGUGAGCGGCAACAGCGCUGCCAUGAAGGGCGCCGUGGGCGCGGGGUACCUCCCCGCGCCGUCGCCUGGCGUGCAGGCGUCCGCUGCUGAGACUGCUGCUCUGCUGGCCGUGCGCGAUGCGCUCCUGGGGGGAGCAGGUGGGGCAGCAGAGGCGGUGAUACUGAGCAGGUGGGAUGCGAGCAGCAGCAGCAGCAGCGCGUGUGAGUGGUACGGUGUGGGGUGCACAGCAGACGGGCACGUGCACACGCUGCACCUGCUGGGCGAUGCCACGGUCGCACUGCAUCCCAACGUGGUCCCAGACAUGCCCGACUGCGAGAAACUCCAGUACGGGGAGUUUUCAUGCACCUUCGAGCCCCCGCCACCUCCCCGCACCGCGUGGUUGUUCCUGCAGGGCCUGCGUGGGGGGAGUGGGAGCGAGAGUGAGAGUGAGAGUGCGAGUGGGAGUCUGUCGGAGGCGUUGGGGCAGCUGACGCAGCUGACGUCGCUGCGCAUCUCCAGUCACGCCCUCUCCGGCGGCCUGCCGCCGUCCCUCUCGCGCCUCUCACACCUCGUCGCUCUCGACCUCUCCUCCAACAGCCACCUCUCCGGCUCCAUCCCCCCCGCCCUCUUCACUCUCCCCUCGCUGCGAGAGCUCUCCCUCCGCGGUAACAACCUCACGGGAGCGGCCCUCCCAACCACCACUGCAGCAGCAGCAGCAAUUCUGUCGCCGGGUUUGGAGAGUCUAGACGUGGGGGGGAACGCUCUCUCAGGGUCCAUUCCAGCGCAGGUGAGCGCCCUCACGGGGCUGACACGCCUGGCGCUGGACCACAACCGGCUGGACGGCAGCUUGCCAAGGGAGCUCGGCGCGCUCUGGAUGCUCACAGACCUGCAGCUGCAGGGGAACGCCCUCCGGGGCGGGCUCCUUGACCUCGCUACUGCCGUUGAUGCCACUGCAGGGGGGGUGGUUUCCUCGUCUCACAUCCCGAGCCUGACCAAAGUGUUCCCUCUGCUGGUCUCCCUGGACGUCAGCGACAACCAGCUCUCCGGAGACGCGGCUCCGCUCUUCGGGGCCUGGGAGGGCUACGAGGCGUACUGGCUCCCCGAGCCGUACUUCCCACGCAUGCGCUACCUGAACGCGUCGCACAACAACCUGACGUGCGAAUCCGCACAGAACGUCCAGACGAUUGCAUCGGUGGUGGACCUCUCCCACAACCAGAUCAGCGGCUGGCUGGAGAUCAGAGUCAACGUGGCUUCUUGGAGGGAGCAUGCGUUGAUGGAUGUGCUGCGCCUGUCACACAACCAGCUGUCGGAUGAAGUGCCAUUCUGGCUGAUGAGAGCAGUGGGUGGAGAGCUGGACCUCUCUCACAACCUGCUCACCGGCACGCUGCCGUCGCUGAAUCCCGCAAUGACCACCGUCAACCUCUCCCACAACCAGCUCUCUGGAUCCCUCCUGCCUGUGGCUGCCUGCUCUCACUGCACUCACGUGGACCUCUCUUACAACCUCCUCUCCGGUUCCAUUCCCCCCCUCCUCGCCUCCUCGACCUCCCCCCUUGUCCACCUCAACCUCAGCAGCAACCUGCUCUCGGGUUCACUGCCCCGCUCCCUCACCCUCGCCCCAGCACUCACCCACCUGGACCUCUCACGCAACGAGCUCAAAGGCUCCCUGCCUGCCUUCUUCCAGGGCAAGCAGCGCCUCGCCUCUCUCCUCCUCUCCUCCAACGCUUUCUCCGGCCCCCUCUCCUCCCUCCUCCCCCCCUCCUCCUCCUGCGCCUCCUCCCUCCUCUCCCUCAACGUCUCCAGCAACCAGCUCUCCGGCUCGCUCCCCGCAUCCCUAUCGCGCUUCACCGCGCUGCACUCCUUGCAGACGGCGCGCAACCGCAUGAGCGGCAGCAUCCCUGCAGGGCUGGCGUCCCUGACGGCCCUUCAGGAGCUGGAUGUGUCAUGGAGUGGGCUGUCAGGCACCAUCCCUGCGCGCCUGCUUGCUGCUGCCCCCUCCCUGCAAGUGCAAUUCGCUGGCAACGCCCUCUCUGGCUCCGUUCCCUCCUCCCUCUCAGACCUGCCCAUCUCCUGCUUCCGCCCCGGCAACCCCAAGCUCUGUGGGAAACACCUACCUGACUGCAAAACGAGCUCUACCAAGCCUAGGAAGGGCAGGGUGUAG